AUGGCCUCUCCUGAAGACCACCACUCUUCUGAGAAGGAACGCUCACUGCCUGGCCUGGCUGCAGUAGGUGCACUUCAUCCGUUCCUUCCUCGUGAAAAUCAAUUGCACACUUCUGCUUCACCCUCUUCUUCUUCUUCGCCCUUAGAUCUUCCGUCUUCCAUCUCCCCCUAUCCACCACCACGCUCCGCUGCCAUGUCUUUCCAACUGCCGCGUAUCGACAGCAUGGCCAGCGAGAGUGAGAAGAAUCACACUGGUGACCAUGAGAAACAGGGGCAAAAUAUGCGCCAAACCCCGCCUAUUCAGCUGGGUGAACAGCGAGCUUCGCCACCACAACUACCCAGCUUCUCACAGCUCACCCAGAGCUUGCGGGAGCCAUCACCGCCAGCAACUCCCGCCCAAGGAAGCACGAGCGUGGCGGGCUCGCCAGUGGUGAAGACACCGCGCUUCGAGGAACCAGCCUGGUCGGAAAGCAAGCGACGUCGGCUCGACACCGGAAUCGAAAUGGCAGGAUUCCACUCGUCCAAUGCCUCUGAUCCUACUCUUUCAUCCUAUAGUUCACCAUCAACAAUGCAACCCCCUCCACUUCCGCAUCCAUCCUUGAGCCACCAACACCGUCCAAGCCUGCCCCUUCCGUCAAGCUCCCAGCUAGCUCCGGUAGUUCACGCUCGUCACCAGUCUUCCCCAGGAGGACUGUGGGAUUACCAUGCGUCACCACAAGUUCCUGUUCAUCACUCUGUUACCCAUGGACUCCAGCCCUCUUCUCAACAUCACAGCCCUGGAUACGUGCAUCAGCCUUCGUACUAUACGGAUGCCGCCCCACCUGCAUUUUCUCAUAGCUACAGCAGUAGCCAUGAUCCAGGUCAUCACGCGAGUAGUCUUCCGGCUCCACCACCGAAUGCCCAUCCCGGUCUGCAUCUGAGUGGCUACGGUCAAUCACCGAAUAGCUAUCAAGGUUCGUCGUUGAGAGGCCAUCAAGCUCCAUCCUCGAGUGUGCAUCAAUCUCUUGCCCCCAAUAGCUAUCAAACUCCCCAUUCGAAUGGGUUCCAAGCUUCACACUCAAAUGGACAUCAUGCUCCGCACCCGCAUCCACAUCAGGCUCCGCAUCCCAGUAGUCAUCAAGCUCCGCACCUUCACAUGCAUCAAGCUCCGCAUCUGCAUAUACAUCAAACUCCACACCCUGGCGUACAUCAAGCUCAGCAACCAGCUGGUUACGCCACAGGGCCGCAGCCCGAUCAUGGAUAUGCCCAGAAUCCGUAUCACCAGGCCCAAGGCGAGUACAGCAACUAUACCUUCCAAUCAAAUCUAGACAUGAACACCUCCUUCAAUCGGAAGCGACGCGGGAACUUGCCGAAAGAAUCAACCGCAAUCCUCAAAACCUGGUUCCAUGGCCACCGCGAAUCCCCUUACCCAUCGGAGGAGGAGAAAUUAUUAUUGUGCUCUCAAACUGGUCUUACGUUGAAUCAGGUAUCCAACUGGUUCAUCAAUGCCCGCCGCCGUGCUCCUCAGAAGGAGUCUGGGGGCGGUGCUAACGAGGCCUAG